AUGUCGGACACUUCAACACCAGCUAACGCUUCCAAUGAGAACGAAGAAAAGCAAGCUCCCACUUUAGCCGAGGUGUUUAGAAAGUUAAAUACAGAAAAGCUCAUCGAAUUUUUGUGCGGGGAAGAAGACUUGCAACUUGACGAAAACGAUCUCAAAAUCUUCCGUGAUGAGAAGAUCACCAGUCGAGAUUCCUUAAGAGGUCAAGGAGAAAAAAAUGAGGUCUUUUCCUCGUACCGCAGUUUGAAAGAAGUGCUGGGAAAUAUGAUAUGGAAUCCCGAAAGCAUAGACGCAAUUCCAUUAUUCAAACCGCCGAUCUCAGAAAUUCGGGAUGACGAUGUAUAUUUCGAAGAAUGUAUCACGGAAAUUAAUAAAAGGUUAAGAAACUACGGGACUUUAUAUCCGGACAGCUUGAAAGCCAUGCGUAAUGAGUAUGUUGUUGCAAUACUCCAUACUGCACUUCAUAUCGUCAGGGAUGAUACAAAAAGAGAAUUUAGCAUGAGACCACAACAAGAAAUUAUCGAUGAGGAAAGUUCAGGGCGUGUCGAUUAUGCAAUUAAAGGUAUAGGUUAUAGAUUUUCUUUGACAUACCUUCAUGAUAUUGGGACUUUUAAUCCAGUUAUGCAUUGUGCUUCAGUUAACAUGGAAAUUCUUGAGUAG